AUGGAUAGAGAGACUAGACAUGAUGUCUACAGCGCUGAAACAAUGCGGGAGACUGAAUACCCUAUGCUCAAAGGGGAGACAUAUCUCGACCAUACCGGUACGACUCUCUACGCACAAUCCGCUCUCAAAAGCUUCAUCGACGAAAUGUCCGUCAGCCUCCUUGGAAAUCCACACUCAGAUUCGCGGUCGUCGCAACUCUCAACAAAGAAGGUCGAAGAGGUUCGAAAACGGACAUUGGAGUUUUUCAACGCCGACCCGGAGCAUUUUGAUUUAGUUUUUGUUAUGAAUGCUACUGCGGCGAUUAAACUCGUUCUCGACGCAUUAAAGGAUGUACCCGUGUCCCAGGGCCCAGAGAAGACCCCCCGGGGGUCGGGGCUCUGGCUCGGAUACCAUGUUGAGUCCCAUACAAGCAUUGUGGGUAUGCGCGAACUGGCGAAUGCAGGACAGCAUUGCUUCGUCUCAGAUGAUGAAGUCGAGUCCUGGCUCAGAUCUGAGCCUCCCAAGGACAAGUCUGGUGGAUGUCCAGGGCAAAAGUCGGAAACCUUCCAAGUGGGUUUAUUCGCGUACCCAGGGCAGUCAAAUAUGACUGGACGCCGACUGCCUCUUCACUGGCCGGAGGUCCUACGCCAAUCAGAAUAUGGCUCCUGCCAGCGGGUGUUCAGUCUUUUGGAUGCCGCAGCUUUGGCACCGACCAUGUCACUAGACUGCUUCAGAGAUCCGGAGAAAGCCCCCGACUUCACAGCCGUCAGCUUCUACAAGAUCUUCGGCUUUCCCGAUCUAGGAGGGUUGAUCGUGCGCAAGAAAUCCGCACAUGUGCUGCUGCAGCGUUCCUAUUUCGGUGGCGGCACCGUUGAGAUGGUCACCUGCUCCGACCAGCCGUGGCAUUCUCGGAAGGUAACCUGCAUCCAUGAGGCGCUCGAGGAUGGCACGGUGCCAUUUCAUAAUAUCAUUGCUCUCGGGUGUGCUCUUACUACACAUGAGCAGCUGUAUAUAUCCCAGGAGCAUGUGUCUUGCCAUACAACCCGCCUCACUGCACGCCUCUACGAGCUCCUCUCUUCUAUGCGCCACCCGAACGGCGUGAAAGUAUGCGAGAUUUAUAAAGAUCAUUCUGCCACAUAUGGCGACAGUAAAACUCAAGGUGGUAUCAUCGCAUUCAACAUCCGCUCUGAUGAAGGCCGGUGGCUAAGCCUCUCUCAUAUCGAGAAGGCAGCUAAUGAGCAUCGAAUCCAUCUUCGAACGGGCACCGUCUGCAACCCGGGGGGUCUAGCAAAGAUACUAAACCUGGAGCAGUGGGAGUUGUUUCAGAACUACACGGCCGGUGUUCGAUGCGGAUGUCGCAGCGUGCUCAUUGGAUAUAAGCCUUCGGGUAUAAUUAGAGUCAGCUUGGGCGCCAUGAGUACUAUAAGCGACGUCAAGAUAUUCGUGAGGUUUAUCCGCGACCUCUUUGCAGCUGGACCUCUUCCUCUGCUUACACCCGCGCCUCUUCCCUCGCCGCAGAGCCUUCGAGUGCAUACUCUGAUGGUUUACCCAAUCGAGGGCUGCGCCGCAUAUACCGUGCCAGAGAACAAACCCUGGCAGGUCAAUUCGACCGGUCUGCAGUGGGACCGCCAAUGGUGUCUAGUCAACUUGCGAACCGGAUCAAUCGUCGAUAAGAAGGAGGCUCCGCGCAUAUUGCUUAUUGAGCCUGAGAUUGACUUCGAAAAUGGGAUUCUGCGGAUCAGUGUCCACCACUCACUGCAGCAAAGCCACCCUAAACUGCAAGGCACUAUGGAAGUUCCACUGUUCCAUCCCAGUGAAAGGAAGGCCCGCAAAAAGGUGGACAGCUGUAAAUAUUGGAGCACUGUCAUUCGGGAGGUCAGGCAUCCAUCCUACAACAACGACCCUCAGCAUGUUCACAUCUACCAAUCGUCCGAUCUCGCUACCUUUUUGACAAACGCCCUUGCCUUUCCCUGUACGCUUGCAAGACCUCUUCAUCCGGAAUGUCUAACGGAAUGCCCUUCGGAGCGACCCUCUAUCAAACAUUUGCCGGAGGUGACAGUCUGUUCCAGCCAGGAUCUCACGAUUGAUCAAUACCCGAUGCCAUUCCCACAUAAAGAGGAGAGUGGCCAAUCCCGACCAAAGGCUAUAGCUUUGAUGGAGAUCCUGCGGGUCAAUGCGCUUAUGUAUUCCAAUCUAGCGUCUGGAAAGCCGCAAUGGUACCUACUGCGUAUUGGACGGAGGGAUCUAGAUGGAAAUAACAAGACGCGUGUCAUCCAUUACGGGAGUAUGAAGGCAAUUGAAGUAACCGCGGAGCGACAAGGGCCCGAGAUAUUUGAGGCGACGAGCCCCGUGGUCAAGAUCUUGUGGAGUGAAAAUAGUGGUAGUGAUGAUGAUGCGAGUGUUAUGGACCCACUGGAUAGAAUGCUGCCAGUUCAAACUGGUCAGAUUAUUCAGGUCUAG